UUAUACCACAUCUGGUAUCCAAACCAGUAACCGUAAGUUCGGAACAUGACGAAAUUCAAUGAUUUACCAUCGGAUGACAACAGCUAUCUGUUUGACCCAAAGAUCUUGAAAGAUAUUAAUUGGGAGAACGCUACAUGUACUUUUAAAAAUAAUAUAUCAAUCGCCAAUCCCGGAGACUCUUUAGUGAUGAGACCUUUGAGAGAUGAUGACUUUCAUCAAGAUUAUUUAGAGUUACUUGGCCAAUUAACUAAAGUUGGUAAAAUUGAAGAGGAGACAUUUUUCAAGAGAUUUGAAGAAAUGAAGGAAUGCUGUGGUACCUAUUACAUAAUUGUCAUUGAGGAUUUAAAAAAUAAUCGAAUUAUUGGAACAAGCAGUCUGAUCAUUGAACAUAAGUUUAUACACACAGCUGGUCAAAGAGGAAGAAUUGAAGACGUAGUUGUUGAUAAUGAAUUCAGAGGCAAGCAACUAGGAAAAUUAUUAGUUCAAGCUCUUGUAUUGGUUGCCAAAAAAUUAGGCGUUUAUAAAAUAUCUCUUGAAUGUAAGAUUCAUAAUAUUCCUUUUUAUGAACUAUUUGGCUUUAAGAAAGAUGAACAAUCAUUUAUGAUUCAAAGAUUUGAAGAGAUGUACUAGAGAAAAGAGAAUUCAUCUUCUAAUAAAGGGGUUAUCAAACAUUAAUUUUAUCAUAUUUUACAUUUUUCCCAAUUAUUUUCUUAUAUCAUUCUUACUACUUAAUUUUCGAAAAAAUCAAUACAUUUCUCUUUUUAAAUGUAUAAAAUAAUACAAGACUAUUUACUAGGCUUUCAUUUUUCUACAUAUUGAUCUUCCUUUAAGUUCCGAAACAUAAACCUAAACUUAGGCCUAAUGCAAAAUGUUUGAACGGGUCUCUCUAAAUACCAAAUCUUUUAUAGUUUACAAUCACUCCAGAUGCCUCAAUUAUUAAUUAUCAUUACAAAUCUAAUUGUAAAAUUCUCUUUAAUUUAACUUAAUAACUUAACUCAUAG